AUGCGGGUUCUUUGCGUUGCUGAGAAGCCCAGCAUUGCCAAGGAGCUCGCCCGCAUCCUCUCGGGCGGCCACUUCGAUAACCGAGCGGGGAAGAACAAGUUCUGCCGCAACUUUGACUUUCCGUACCGCCUUCCUCCUCCAUUAGGAGACAGCCGUGACUGCGAGUUUACUGUCACGAGUGUGCUGGGCCAUCUUACCGAAACUGACUUCCGUGACGAGUAUCGCCAGUGGUCAUCAUGCGAUCCAUUUGCUCUCUUCGACGCGCCAGUUGUGACCAAGGUGGCCUCUGAUCACCGACAACUGGAGCGAAAUCUCCAGGACGAGGCUCGGAACGCAGACAUAUUGAUGAUCUGGACUGAUUGCGAUCGCGAAGGCGAGCACAUCGGCUACGAGGUCGUCGAAGUGUGCCGCCGUGCCAACCCGCGCUUGCGAGUGAGACGAGCGCGCUUCAGCGCCAUCAUCCCGAACCAGAUCCACGAUGCCUGCCGUCAGGCCGAUGAUCUCGACAUGCGCAUGGUUGAUGCAGUCGCCGUGCGGCAGGUGCUUGACUUGAGGAUUGGUGCCACCUUUACCCGCUUCAUGACGAUGACGCUUAAAGGCAGGAUGGGGGAGGAUUUCGACCAGAAGUUGAUCAGUUACGGCCCAUGCCAGUUUCCUACACUCGGCUUCGUCGUUGACCAGUACAACCGCGUCCAAUCGUUCGUCCCGGAGCCGUUUUGGAAGAUUGAGGUUAUGAUAGAGCGCGAGUUCGAAGACGAAGAAGAACCGGUGCAGGUCAAGUUCACAUGGGCCCGGAUCCACGUGUUCGAUCUUCCGAUCGCACUUCUCCUUUACGAGGAAACGGUAAACAGGCCAACGGCGACGGUCAUUAAGGUUGAGACCAAGCCGACAACUAAGCGCAAGCCGUACCCUUUGACCACGGUAGAGCUCCAGAAAGCAGGGUCGCGCCUCCUCGGCAUGACUCCCAAACGUGUGUUGGAUCUCGCUGAGAAGUUGUAUCAGAAAGGUUUCCUCAGCUAUCCACGCACCGAGACGGACGAGUAUGACCGACAGUUCGACUUCAUGUCCUUGAUCCAAAAGCAGACCCACGACAAUGCGUGGGCGGCAUACGCGCAGAAACUCAUCGACGGCGACUUUGAGCGACCGCGUAACGGCAGAAGGAACGAUAAGGCGCAUCCCCCGAUCCAUCCCACAGCAGCUGCACUGAACGUUGAUGCGGAUGAGCGCCGGGUCUACGAGUUCGUAACUCGUCGUUUCCUCGCAAGUUGCUCGUCCGAUGCGAAGGGCAAGGAGACCUCUGUGGAGGUCGAGAUUGCGGGGGAGUACUUCUCUGCCUCUGGUCUCAUCGUUCUCGAACGCAAUUACUUGGACAUCUACCCGUACGACAAGUGGGCAGGGAAGAAUCUUCCCGACUUCCAGUUUGGCGAACAGUUCGUGCCCGACGUUUGCGAACUGGAAGAGGGUACGACCACCAAGCCCAAGCUUCUUACCGAAGCCGAUCUCGUCGGUCUUAUGGACAACAACGGGAUCGGUACGGACGCCACGAUCGCUGAGCAUAUCGCCAAGGUCAUUGAUCGUGAAUAUGUAAUUGCCAAGAAGGAGGGCAAGGAGAACUUCCUGAUACCAUCAUCUCUGGGCGUCGGACUUGUCGAGGGCUAUAAUGCCAUUGGCUUCGAUCGCUCUCUCAGCAAGCCGCACUUGCGACGUGAGACUGAACACCGUCUGGAACUCAUCUGUGAUGGGCAACAGACGAAGGCCGAAGUGCUGUCAACCAGCGUCGAGGAGUACAAGGAAGUGUUCAUCAAAGCCCGUCGCGACUUUGACACAGUCGUCGACUCUGUCGCGGAGUACCUCCAUGGACACGGGGAGGUGCAACAGGCUGUGCGUAAUGCAGCUCGCGGAGGACGUCGAAGUGCACGUGAUGCGGCAACCCGCGGGGCCCGCGGAGCAGCUGCCCGUGGAGCCGGUCGCGGCGGGGGUUCAGCGCGUACCGGGCGGAGACGACAAGACUCCGACGACGAUGACAGCGACGGCGGGCCUGCCGCCGGCGGUGGCCGUUGUGGUGGCCGCGGGAGUACCCGAGCCAGGGGCACCAGGGGAGGGUCGACGCGAGGACGGGGUGCAAGGUCCAAAGCGGCAGACGGCGCUCCAGCUCCGAAGCGACAGCGGAGGGAAACAAACAAUGAUGAGCUUCCUGAGUGUUCGUGUGGUCAGCCGGCCGUCUCACGGACUGCUGGGCAGAGCACAGCGAAUGCCGGCAGGCAGUUCUACGCGUGCGCCAAGCCCCGAGGGGAGCAGUGUGACUUCUUUUCGUGGGCUGAUGGUGGUGGUUCGACGUCGGCUACUAGGGCGCCAGCGAGACCUCCGGCCCAAGGGCAGCGCGCAAACGGCGCGGCUCGCAACGGCAGAACCGUUCGCUGCAACUGCGGCCUCGAAGCGACCUCUGGCAUCACCGCAAGCGGACCCAACAAGGACCGGGCGUAUCGCGCAUGCCCAAACACGCGUAACGCGCGCUGCGGGUUCUUCGAGUGGGCCGACGAGGACGGGAAUGGACCGGCGGCGGGAAGAUCUCAACUUCGAGGAGGGGGAGCGGGAAGGCCGGCGCCAUCGAGUGGCGGGUCUGGAGCGUGCUUCAAUUGCGGUGGUCCGCACUGGGCGCGCGACUGCCUCGAGGCUGCCGGAGGGUCCAACUCACGCAGCCGCGUUGGGCAAAGAGACGUAUGUUUCAAUUGUAACGAGCCUGGCCACUGGGCCAGCAACUGCCCCAACGCUUAG